CUCAGCUCCCCGGGCCUGGACGGCAGGGGCCGCAUCUCCCCCCAGCCUGGACCCUGGACCGGCCUGGCCCCAGCCCUGCCCAUGCAGCCCAAGUGAGACCUUCCCCCCAGCUUUGGGCCGGAGAGCGCCAUGGGGCCUGGAGUGAGCCCCCCCGCAGAACCUCCCGGGGGGACAGCCAGGAUGUCCUCCUACCGAGCCCUCCUGGGCCUCCUCUGCCUCCUUCCUGCCCUGGCCCUGCUGCUGACGCUGAAGGACACGGCUGAGCCCGGGGCGAGGGGCUCUCAGGAAGACGCCAGCUUGCCUGGCCCCGACAGCCUCCGCGGUCCCCAGGCCCCCCCGGAACGCCUGUUGCCCCCCAGAGCCCGCAGGAAGCGCUACACCAUCACCCCGUCCCGGCUUCACUGGGACCACUUCAACCUCACCUACAAGAUCCUGUCCUAUCCCCGAAACCUCAUCAAUCAGAGUGAGACCCGCAGGGGGCUGGUGGCUGCCUUCCGGAUGUGGAGCAGCGUGUCCCCCUUCACCUUCAGGGAGGUGGCUCCGGAGCUGCCCAGCGACCUCAAGAUAGGUUUCUACCCCAUCAACCACACGGACUGUCUGCGCUCAGUGGUCCACAGAUGCUUCGACGGGACCACGGGGGAGCUGGCCCACGCCUUCUUCCCCCCCAAUGGGGAGAUCCACUUCGACGACAGCGAGUACUGGAUCGUGGGAGAGACGCGCUUCAGCUGGAAGAAAGGUGUCUGGCUCACCGACCUGGUCCACAUUGCUGCCCAUGAGAUUGGCCACGCUCUCGGUCUCAUGCACUCGCUGAACCCGAACGCCUUGAUGCACAUUAACGCCACCCUGACUGGGAAAAAGGUGAUCUCACAGGACGAGAUGUGGGGCAUGCAUCGGCUCUAUGGUUGCCUAGACAGGCUGUCCGUGUGUCCAUCCUGGGCUCGGAGGGGCUUCUGUGACACCCGUCAGAAGUUCAUGAAGAAGCUCUGCCCCAACAGCUGUGAUUUCUGCUAUGAGUUCCCCUUCCCUACUGUGGCGGCCACCCCGCCGCCCCCCAGGACCAAAACCAAGCUGGUGGCCGAAGGCAGAAACGUCACCUUCCGCUGUGGCCAGAAGAUUGUUCACAAGAAAGGCAAAGUCUACUGGUACAAGGACCGUGAGCUCUUGGAGUACUCGUACCCGGGUUACCUGGACCUGAACGAGGGCCACAUGAGCAUCAUCGUCAAUGCCAUCAACGAAGGCACCUACACGUGUGUGGUCAAGAAGCGAGAUCGAGUCCUCACCACCUACUCCUGGCGCAUCCGAGUGAAUUACUGAUGGUGCUGGGAGGCCGAGGAAGCCGGGCCAGACCCGUCCCUCCCCCUGGCCUCUGGGAGAGUCCUCAUAGCCCCGGGGCUCUUCUCUGACCCCCGCUUCCUGUCCCAUUGCGGGGGGCGAGAGCCUGGCAUCUGGCUGAUAAAGCAUUUUA